GCUGAUUGGAGAAUGAUGGUGCAAUAGUUUGUCUAUUUUAUUUUUUGGGGAUGGGCCCCUUUCACUACGAAAAAAGCCAGAAAUAUUUUUUUUCCAAACCAUCUAAGAGAUACUUUUUAUUUAUUUUUUUUGUGUUUUUUUUUUAAUCUGGCAUUUUUUUUAUGUUGUCAUAUCCUGUCUACUAAUUGUGUGUAACUAUCUUUUGAGGUGGCAAGUGUUGGUUGUUAAGAAGAAAUCAGGCGUUGGGUGUGUCACCUACUAACUGCCCUGAUACAUUACACCAACUCUGACUUUGCUCACAUUACUUUUUAGCCCUUUCAAUUCUACCACCCAUAGUCCUUUUGGAGCUUUCAGCCUGGAUCUGAGUGCGUGGAAACGUGGAACUGCCCGGAUCAUGGGGAAUGCCGCAGGGAGCAUGGAUAUGUUGCAGCCCCGAGAUACAAAGACACAGCCGGGGUCUGGGACACCCCCUCAAAAACAAAAAGAGACAACACCUCAAAAAAUGCCAAGACCAAAUUCGGUGGAGCUGGAAGAGAAAUUCAACGUGGUUUUGAAAACCAUGAACCUUCCUCCAGAUAAGAUAAAUGUUCUUCGUCAGUACGACCAAGACAAGAAAUGGGAACUGGUGUGUGAUCAGGAGCGAUUUCAAGUUAAAAACCCGCCAGAAACAUAUAUACAGAAGUUGAGGACCUACGUAGAUACAGGAGGGAUCAGUCGAAAGUUCAAGAGACAUACGCAAGAGUCCACUCAGGUCCUUCGAGAGCUGGAGACCUCACUUCGGACAAAUCAUAUCGGGUGGGUGGAGGAGUUUCUGAGCAAGGAAGUCGGUGGCCUUGAUGUGCUGGUGGAUUAUCUUGCCUUUGCACAAUGUUCCUUCACGCAAGUAUUGCCCAGGAAUGAUGCAGAAGGCUCGGAGAAUGGAACAGUUGAGAGAAAAAAAGUUUUGCAUAGAUCCUUGGAGGACAUCCGCAAGUCUUCUGCCUCUUCAAGUCCCUCAAGUACCCCCUCCCGUUUACGGAACCUGACCACCAGAUUCGUACAUGGCCGGGCAACACUGAAGAACUCCAAACAUUAUAACGCAAAGGACGAUGUCCACAUUUGUAUCAUGUGUCUCCGGGCAAUCAUGAACUACCAGUCGGGAUUCAGCAUGGUCAUGUCUCAUCCCGCCUGUGUUAACCAAAUCACCCUGAGCCUCAGCAUUAAAAACGCCCGGACAAAAGCCCUUGUCUUGGAACUUCUUGCAGCUGUUUGUCUGGUUCGAGGUGGACAUGAACUAAUUCUCUCAGCUUUCAACUAUUUCAAGGAGGUCUGUGGUGAAAAAUCGCGAUUUGAGAAGCUCAUGGAAUAUUUCCGAACAGAAGAUUCAAACAUUGACUUUAUGGUGGCCUGCAUGCAGUUCAUCAAUAUAGUGGUUCAUUCUGUGAAAAACAUGAAUUUUCGAGUCUUCCUUCAAUAUGAGUUCUCCCUCCUAGGGCUGGAUGAGUAUCUGGAGACCCUAAAAAGUACAGAAAGUGAACGUCUGCAGGUACAGAUACAGGCCUAUCUGGAUAAUAUCUUCGAUGUGAAUAACCUCUUGGAGGACUCAGAUACCAAGCAUGAGAUGCUGGACCAUGUUGAAGACCUGCAGGGGCAUUUGGCUCACCUCACAGAGAAGCUUCAGAGUACAGAGAAUGAAUAUAUGAGGACGGUGGCUGAGCUAGAAAAACAGCUUGACCAAACUCGCAAGGAGUUGUCUUCUGCAAGAGAGCAGAAGACAUCCAAUUCUUUGCCGGUCAUUCAACAUGUUGUGCAUAGGAGAGAGACAGGUGAUAGGGGAGUACUGUGGGUGGAACCUGCUGGAGAUACCUGUACAGAAGACUCUCCAACAGUUAAUGUCUCACCGAGGUCACCAUCAGCCCGCAUCAAUGCAUCAGAUUCAUCACAUACUUUCAGGAUCAGCACAGUAUCCUCAUCUGUCUCGAUCUCAGGUGCAACACUGGAAAGUCUAGAUACUACUAAAGACUCUGUAUGCCAUCCUUCUUUUUCAUCUUCAGCCUCUGAAUCCAUAAUUACUUUAGCCAUGUCUUCAUCAUUAUCAGAGCCCAUAAGUAUUCCUUCUCCUCCUCCUUUACCAGAGUCUGAGAUUAACACUAUCCCUGCUUGCUCACCUGAUCCUGGGUCUGAGGUAUCAGUGAUUACAAAUAUUCCUGUACCCCCUCCACUGCCAGGGUUAGAUGACACCAACAUCCCUGCAGUUCCAGAAAUUGGGAGAGAGAUUGACUCUCCUCCUCCUCCUCCACCCCUUCCUGGAACAGUUACUGGACCUCCCACACCUCCACCUCCUCCUUCAAUCUCUACAGGACCUCCACCACCCCCACCACCACCUCCUCCUUCUUCAGGUUCUGGUGGACCUCCUCCACCACCACCACCUCCUCCUUUAGGUUCCGGAGGACCUCCCCCUCCUCCACCACCUCCUGUCUUUGGAUCUGCCCCUCCACCUCCAUUAACAGGUCAACCACCAGCCUCUUUAGGAACAGGCAUGAGUAUAAAGAGACCAGUCCAGACUAAGCUACGGAUGCAAGUCCUUAACUGGAUGCCACUGAAACCAACACAAAUCAAUGGGACAGUUUUUACACAGCUGGAUGAUGAGAAAGUGCUCCAGGAACUUGACAUGAGUGACUUUGAAGAGCAAUUUAAGACCAAGGCCCAAGGUCCCAGUGAAACUAAUUUUUCCCAGAGAAUAAAAGCGGCUCAGAAAAAGCCAAGCAAGGUGACGCUGAUUGACCCAAAUCGUGCCAAGAAUCUUGCAAUAACCUUGAAGAAGGGAGGCCUCGCUCCCGAAGCUAUUACCACAGCCAUCAAGAACUAUGAUAUGCAGGCCAUCAACUUGGAUUUUCUGGAGCUUCUGGCUCGAUUUCUGCCAUCAGACUAUGAGCGACAGCAGAUUUCACGAUAUUUGAAAGAUCAGAAACCCUUGGAUGACCUCGGUUCAGAAGACAGAUUCAUGGUCCACCUCUGUUCCAUUCCUAGGCUGUCUGAGAGGGUUAACACCAUGACUUUCAUUUCCAGCUUUCCCGAUACUACAGCUCGUCUGACACCGCAACUUAAUGCAUUGAUUGCUGCCUCCAUGUCAAUCAAAUCUUCGGAGAAGCUGAAAGGAGUCCUAGAGCUGGUUCUGGCAUUUGGGAAUUACAUGAAUAGCAGUAAGAGAGGGGCGGCCUAUGGAUUCCGGCUGCAGUCUCUGGAUGUGCUCCUGGAGACCAAAUCUACAGACCGAAAGCAGACGUUGUUACAUUAUCUGGUGCGUGUGAUCCUCGAGAAGUAUUCUCAUUUGUCUAACUUCCAUUGUGACCUUAAUUUUUUGGAAAAGGCUGCAUUAGUGCCUCUGGAAUCCAUAAUGGUGGAAGUGCGGUCCCUCCAGGCUGGGAUGGAACAAGUCCAAAAGGAAUUUACAAAGCAAGAUGACAGCCCGGCUCUUAAGAACUUCAUAAAAACCAACAUGGAUGUCAUGUCAAAGCUUACAGGAGAUGCCAAGACUGCACAGGAGGCCUAUGCUACUGUUGUGGAAUAUUUUGGAGAGAAUUGCAAAAACACCCCUCCAUCCAACUUCUUCCCCUAUUUUGUGCGUUUUGUGAGAGGUUACAAGAAAGCGGAGAAAGACCUUGAGCUCUGGAAGAAAGAGGAGACCUCAGAAACCGAAGAAAAGACAGAUAGCCCUGGAAAACUGCCACAGUCACCAGCCCUGAAAUCCCCCAUGCCAUCGGUCAAUUUGAUGGCUGAAUUAAACAAGAAGUUGCAGAAGAAAGAGCCACGAUUAUAUGAAGAGAACUGGGCAAUAGAUGAUAUAAUAACAGACUUACAGAAAAAGCCGUAUCGAAGGACCGAUGUAGGUCGACGAAGUGGAAAAAGACAGAAUGGACAGCCAGUAAACACCACAGAUGUAAAUGUGUGAGAGCCUGUGUGUGUGUGUGUGUGUGUAAAACCAGCAAAUCAACUAUCCCGCUGGACCUUUUGACAUUUCACACUAUGCAUCUGGCUCGAGGGGUGGGAGAGAUGGAAGUUAAGAAUAGAAGAUCUGAUGUGUAUAAAAUGACUAAUGCUUUGCCUACAAUACCAAAGGGCGUCUAUGCGAAAGGAAUUCUUAGAUGCCCAUUCUGCUGUGUGCUCGUGAAAUACGUCACAACAUUGCUUCUUCUGCCAGACUACCCUUUAAAUAAUAAUGAGACGGACAGGAGACUGACAUCCACCAUGUGCCAGAGGUCCCAGGCUACGGCCUGAAAUGCUUGAUUCAAUGCAACUGCAGGGUGCACCAUCAACUUGUAUUGACGGUCUCCCAUGUAUUAUUUGGAUAUCUGCCAAACAUCUCCUGGAUAUUUUUAAAGGGCUUUAAAAAAAACAAAAAAACGUAAAUGUGCAUAUAUCUAGUUGUGGUAUAAAAAUGUCAUCGUCAAAAGCGUAAUAUCAAAUGAAUAAGAGCCUGACAUUUUAAUGAAAGAAGCACAUCUUAUUGAAACGCACAUGAUUAAUCCUGCAAAAAAAACAAAAGAUCAUUAUACUCAGCAUAUUUAUUUGUAUUAUUAGCCGUGUGACUGCAAAAUCCACAUUGUUCUUUGCUCAUUCAAAUAUGGCUAUAAGUAUCUCUUUUCUUGGUUACAGUAUUAGUAGGAUUGUGUAAAUAAUUGUGAUAUAAGAGAUUUGGAUUGGAGAAAAGAAAAAAAAAUAGUGAUGCCGCCACCAGCUCAAGAACUCAAAGACUCAGAAGAGUCACAAGUUAUCAUGGACCUGUCUACAGUAGUUGGAGAGUGUCUGGAUCAGUCGGGUCUCUUUAACAUCUUUCUUGUGAGUCCAUAAGUGUCUUCACACUGACUAAAGUAAUAUGUGGUCCUGAGAUAUUCAAUGUUUGAAUGCCACUGGGCCCUCAAAAUCCCCCACAGAUAUAAACAAUACCCAAGAGAAAGCUAGUUUGUAGAAUCAUUUAUGCCACAUGUCUAUAUUCUGCUAAGUACUGUAAGGGUGUAUUGAUUUAUAUUCUAUCAUCUAUGAAAUGGAUCAUGACUCUACUGUUUUACUUUGUCCACUAAGUAGAUGUAAUGUGCAAGCCUUCUAGAGCACUCAAAUCUCGUCUUUAUAUAAUUUCCUUAUAUGAGCCUGUAGGGCUCUGUAUAAACUCACACUAGUCCAAAUGGAUGAUUGAGUGGUCUACAAAAGGUUGCACUUUAAAUACAUUUAGUUACCUAACAAAUUCUACACUGCUACACUUUACCUCCAGUGAAAAAUUCACCAUACUCGGGUUUGUGAGAGUUAUUCACUAAAAUAAGAAUUCAAAGUGAAUUAAAAGUGAAAUGUUGGUCAAAAUAGCCUAAAUAGAAACAUUCUCUAAGUCCUCUAUUCCAGUUCAUCUUCUCUGGCCUUAAAUUAGAAAUCCACUUCGAUUUCACUUUUUAGUAAAUAACCCUAUAAAUAUCCACUGACAUUUGAUGCAAACUGUGUCCCACAAAUGUCUCAAAACCAUCUAUGCCAGUGUUCUCCAACCCAGUCCUCGUGGACCACCAAGAAUCCAGGAUUUAUGUAUAUCCCAGUUUUAUUCCUAUGGAGAUACUGCUAAAACCUGGACUGUUGGUGGUCCAUAAGAACUGGGCUGGAGAACACUGAUCUAUACUACGUGGCCCUAACCUGCUUUCCUUCAAUUAUACACCAUGCUUGCUCAUUCAAUACCACUAUAUUGCUAUCAGUGUAUCAAGUUAUCAUGUGAAUAGCCAAAUUAAAAUUGAUUGAGUUCUCAGUAUUUUUCCCUCACUAAAACGAAGUUAGAAUCUCAAACUUCUCCAACUAAUUGCCACCAAAAUGAGGGAGUGGGAGUACGUAAACAUUUCACUAGUAGAAAGGUAGGUCAAUGUUCUCAAAGUGGAGCAAUUGCCACGGAAACCUGUGGCUGGUGCACUUCUAGAACUCUGACCUAUUUUUCUACUAGUGACAUUUUUAUGAACCUUCCUCCGUAUGUCAACUAGGCCAUUUCAUCUGUGACUGGACAGGAAACAACUACCGUAAUUCAUUUGCGAUCAGGCAGGAUACACAUAUGAGCUUUGAUAGGUUCACAUUGUAGAGGUAAUAAAUGGAUUGGGGUACAAUUUUACUUUUUAUGCUUAACUCUUACAGUGGGAGUUCAGUGCACAGUAAGAAGAUGAUUAAAAUACACUGAUUUAUAAAUUCACCAUGCCCUGCUUACAUAUGAGAUAUAUUAUUUUUUUUAAAUACUUUGUAUAUUAAGUAAA